AACCAUAUCACGUCAAUCACGUCAUAAUCAUCUCUCUCAUAAAAAGUGGGUGUUCAAGUACACAAUGCAAUUGCAAAUUUAACAAAUAAACAGACAUUAUGAUUGUUAUUCCACAGUAAUAAGUAUAUAAAUCCAUAACAUGGAAGGUUUACCAUCAGGAGAUGUUCAAGGGAAAUACCAGAAAUUGGCAACUGAAUAUUCUAAGUUAAGGGUGCACGUAAAGGUAUUAAAGAAAGGUGUACUCGAUGAACAAGCGAAAUCUAAUGAGUUAAGAGAUUUACUAAAGGAAAAAGAGAAGUCUCUACGAAGAGGAGAAUUGGAGAUAGAUUCUUUGACUUUUAGAAAUCAGCAGUUAACUAGAAGAGUUUCAGUUCUCCAAGAAGAGUUAGAAGCGUUACAGUUGAAAUUUAAUAAAAAAUCAAAAAGCAAAGGAGAUGACAAGCAAGUUGGAGCUGCAAGUAACAUACCGCCUCUUGACUCUGGUUUGUUGCAAGAAGAAUUGCAGAAGAAAAUUAUUGAAAAUGCCCAAUUUGCUUCACAGCUUUCAGAUAAAACUUUUGAAGUAUCACAGUUAAAGGCAUCGUUAGAAGAUUAUCAAAAGCAUAUAAAUGAAAGCGACAGUAAAUAUAAAUGUGAGAUAGCAAAGUUGAAGAACAAAAACCAGGAAUUGCAAUUUGCCCUGGAAGAGGCCCAGAAAGAGAGGCUUGGUGGCACCCCCAAUAAAAUUCAAGUGGUAUCCAGUCAACCUCACAGCUGUAAUGGUGAUUUCCUUUCGGAAGGAGGCAGUUUGAUUGGAAGUGAGGAUGCUUUAAGUUCUAUAGAUGACUUGAAUAUAAAUGAACAACUCGGUUUGAAGACUCAUACAUUAGAACAGGAAAACCAAAAACUACGAAUGGAAUAUGAGCUGUUACAAAUGGAGAAUGAUAGUCUUAAACUAGAAGUGUCCAAAUAUGUAUCAGCAUCACAGAAAAGGAAAGGAGAGAGCCAUGAUUCUGGUGACUUCAAUAGUUUUAAUGAAACGUCUAUUGAUGCUGAAGGGAAGCUCACAGGCCUGCUGGGAAGCAUGGAGGUGCCUUUCCUACUGAACCAUGAAGUCCAAGCUAGAGAAGAGAGGGUGAAAACUUAUUUUAGGAAUAAAAUUAGUAAAUUGGAAGGUGAGAAGGAUGAAUUGAGAAGUAAGACUGAACAUUAUGUCACAGAGUGUGAGAUGUUAAGGUUGAGAUUCGAAGAGAUGGAACGGGAUAAGGAGUUAGAUAGACACACCCUCCAAGAAAAACAUAACACUAUCAGUCGGCUGGAAGAAGAACUCCACUCGACGUCCCACAACUAUGAGGAACAGAUGUCAGUACUGACAGAGCACGUGGCUGGACUCAACGAUCAGCUGACGAGGCAGCAUGACCAAGUUCAACAACUGAAGCACCAGCUAUCGAAUCGCAAGAAGUAGAUGGAAGUUACCAGACAGAGGGCCUACAAAAAUAAAAAUGAUAAUUGAAACGAAGUCCGUCAUUCAAUCUUUACUCUGUUUUAAACUGAUUCUUUUCUUUGUUUGCUUAGU